AUGUCUUUACAGCAAGCACAGAUACUUGAUGCGCGUUUUGCCACCUACAAACAAGACUUCCACGUGCCUACAUUGGGGUCGUUGGACAUUUCAAACCCUGCGUAUGAUCCCGCGGUAGAGUCCAUCUACUUCUGUGGAAACUCACUUGGGCUUAUGCCCAAGGCAACGCGCCAAGCGGUGAUGGAUGAGCUCGAUGCGUGGGCCACACGCGGUGUGGAAUCGCACUUCCGCAACGCGCGCACCACCGACUGGGUCGACGUUGACUUGCCGCUCCUCCCGCUUCUCGCGCCGCUUGUGGGCGCGCGUGUGACGGAGGUUUGCGUGGCGGGUACGCUCACGGGCAACUUGAACUCGCUUGUAACGUCGUUCUACCGCCCGCAGGGAAAGAGGACCAAAAUUUUGUUUGAAAAGGCCGCGUUUCCGUCGGAUUACUACGCAUUUUUGAAUCAAGUGCGCUUGCGCGGCUACGACGCAUCACACUUGGUGCAGCUCGCGCCGCGGGCGCGUGAGUAUGUGCUCCGCACCGAGGACAUCCUUGCCGCAAUCGACCAGCACGAGGCCGAGUUGGCCUUGGUGUGUUUCUCGGGGAUCCAGUACUACACCGGCCAGUUUUUCGACAUUGAAGCCAUCACCAGACACGCCAAAGCCAAGGGGAUUACCGUCGGCUGGGACUUGGCCCACGCGGUCGGCAACGUCGAGUUGAGCUUGCACGACUGGGAUGUCGACUUUGCCGUCUGGUGCUCAUACAAAUACUUGAACUCCGGUCCGGGUGCCAUUGCGGGGCUCUUUGUGCAUGAAACACACACCAAGGGCAAAGGCACGGACUUUAUUCCUCGCAUGGCGGGCUGGUGGGGCAACAAUGCGAGCGAACGGUUCAAGAUGUUUGAGAAGUUCGAGCCAAUUGAGUCUGCCUUGGGCUUUAGACAGUCAAAUCCGAGUGUGACCGAUGUGGUUGCCGUCAAGGCGUCCUUGGAGUUGUUUGCGCGUGCGGGAGGAAUUUCCACUUUGAGGGAAAAGGGGGUGGAGCUCACCAAUUUCUUGGAAAAGUUGUUGCACGUAUCGAAGCAUUAUAUCACGCCAGAUGCGUCGUUUGACGAAAUUUCCACGCCGUGUUUCACGAUCAUCACGCCUGUAUAUGUGGAUGCUCGUGGCCAGCAGUUGUCGCUUUUGUUCUUCCCGCACCACGAUUCGCGCGCGCAGAACGUCAUGGAGCGUGUGUUUGCGUACUUGAACGGGUAUGGGAUCAUUGUGGAUGAGAGAAGGCCGGAUGUGAUCAGAAUCGCGCCGUUGCCGCUUUAUAAUACGUUUGAAGAAGUCCACUACACUGUCAGACGGUUCAACGAGGCGUUUGACAAGAUUCUCGCCGGGGAGAUCUAA